AUGGCCACCGAUUUCUCCAAAGUGGGAAGGUUCACCUCUUCGCCAGCCAUGACUGAAUGGGAUAUCAUUGUCGUGGGAUCCGGCCAUAAUGGCUUGACCGCAGCCGCGUAUCUGGCGGUAGCUGGAAAGAAGGUCCUUGUCCUCGAAAAGGCUUCUUACCCCGGAGGUGGGGUGGCCAGCCUGCAGAUGGCCGAGCCAGGAUUUAUCAGCGAACGUCACAGCGCCAUUCAUCAAAUGAUUCUCGCAAACCCCAUGAUCACUCAUGAUGAACUUGGUCUGCAGUCUCGGUACGGCCUCAUUUACAAGCAGCUAGACCCAUGCUAUGCCAUCGUCAUGGAAGACAAGGUCCUACCCAUCUACAGAGAGCGUCACAGGACCGUCGAUGCCAUUCGACAGUUCUCGUCGGAAGAUGCCGAUGCCUACAAUGUAUUUGUGGACAAAUGUCGACAAAUCACCGAGCUUUUGAUACCCUCUAUGUUCGAACCUCCCCGCGACAUGUCGGCGGAUAUUGCCAGCAGUCCAUCAGCCGAGGAAAUUGUCAUGGCAUCGACCAGCUCCUCCUUGGAGAUCAUUGAGAGAUACUUCAAAAGCGAGGUUCUACAAGUUGCGUUGCUGCGAUUUGUAACUGAGAUUCAACUUGCUCAUCCAAAAUCGACCGGCACGGGCUUAAUGGCCUACUUGGCAUUUGGACUUCUCGACAUAUAUGGCCUUUGCGUCCCCGAAGGCUCUGGAUCUGUAUGGACAGAGUCCGUCAUUCGUUGUCUCAAAGACCACGGCGGCGACGUCAAGUUGGACACAGAAGUCAUCAAAGUCAUCACCGAAGGCGGGCGUGCGGUCGGGGUCAGAACUCGUUUUGGAGAACUCAGGGCAAAAGACGCCGUCAUCGGGCAAAUUCAUCCCCACAAUCUCGGUCACCUCGUCGACGGAAUCGACCCGUCAAUCAUAUCGGCCGCCUCGAACACCCGCACCUCUGAUUUCAGUCUUCUCGUCGUUCACGCCGCUCUCGAACGCCCGCUCAAGUUUAAAGCAGGGCCAAUCGCCGACAAGGCUGUCAUGAACACUUGCUGCCCAGGGAACCUCAAAGACCUUAUCCAGAGCUACGACGAAAUGAAUCAAGGAAUCCUCCCAGAAAACAUCAUGAUCGGAGCCUCUUGUAUCAGCUCAGGUGACGAGACUCGCUGCCCGCCAGGCAAGUCGCUGCUGCACUGUGUUGUCAUGUGCAAGUCACAGCCUGCUGACGGUGGCUGGGCUGCGUGGGAUCGCAUCAAGGAUGACUGGGUGCAGAGAGUCUUCUCGUACUUCUCCAAGUACCUAGAAAACUUUACUCCCGACAUAGUUCGCUCCUAUCAUGUUGUUUCUCCUCCGGACCAUCAGUCCGACAGCGCAAGUUUCCAACGGGGCGACAUUGCCGGUCUUUCUAUGGCGGCAGACCAGAUGGGAAUCAACCGACCCACACCUGCCCUCGCUCAGUACCGCGUGCCUGGAAUCAAGGGUCUGUACCUUGCCGGGCCUUUCAUGCACCCAGGCGGAGGUGUCUGGGGAGGUGGUCGUCCGGUAGCUAAGAGAGUGCUCGAGGAUCUUGGAAUCGACUUCGAUAAGAAAUUUGUGCACGGCAGCUCGCGUCUGUGA